UCCCGCCCGCGCCCCUCGGCUCCUCCGCUCCGUUCCGCCCUGCCCUCAGCCGCACGCCCUCCGCGGGACAUGGCACACGCGCCGGCAUGUUGCCCCAGCGCCCGGGGCUCCGGGGACGGCGAGAUUGGCAAGCCCAGGAAGGUGGCGCUCAUCACUGGCAUCACCGGCCAGGAUGGUUCAUACUUGGCCGAGUUCCUGCUGGAGAAAGGCUACGAGGUCCACGGGAUUGUACGAAGAUCCAGUUCGUUCAAUACUGGUCGAAUCGAACAUCUCUAUAAGAACCCCCAGGCUCAUACUGAAGGAAACAUGAAACUGCACUACGGUGACCUCACCGACAGUACCUGCCUGGUGAAGAUCAUUAAUGACGUGAAGCCCACCGAGAUCUACAACCUUGGGGCUCAGAGCCACGUCAAAAUUUCUUUUGACCUUGCCGAGUACACAGCCGACGUCGAUGGGGUUGGCACUCUACGGCUUCUGGAUGCAGUGAAGACCUGUGGCCUUAUCAACUCAGUGAAGUUCUACCAAGCCUCAACAAGUGAACUUUAUGGGAAAGUGCAAGAAAUACCCCAGAAGGAGACCACCCCUUUCUAUCCUCGGUCACCCUAUGGGGCAGCAAAACUCUACGCCUAUUGGAUCGUGGUGAAUUUCCGUGAGGCAUACGAUCUGUUUGCGGUGAAUGGCAUUCUCUUCAACCAUGAGAGUCCCAGAAGAGGAGCUAACUUUGUUACUCGAAAAAUUAGCCGAUCAGUAGCUAAGAUUUACCUUGGACAACUGGAAUGUUUCAGUUUGGGAAAUCUGGAUGCCAAACGAGAUUGGGGCCACGCCAAGGACUACGUCGAGGCCAUGUGGCUAAUGCUGCAGAAUGACGAGCCGGAGGACUUUGUCAUAGCUACGGGGGAGGUCCACAGUGUCCGGGAAUUCGUCGAGAAGUCGUUCAAGCACAUUGGGAAAACCAUCGUGUGGGAAGGAAAGAAUGAAAACGAAGUGGGCAGAUGUAAAGAGACCGGCAAAGUUCACGUGACCGUGGAUCUCAAAUACUACCGACCCACUGAAGUGGACUUUCUGCAGGGAGAUUGCACCAAAGCAAGACAGAAGCUGAACUGGAAGCCCCGGGUCGCUUUCGAUGAGCUGGUGAGGGAGAUGGUGGACGCCGACGUGGAGCUCAUGCGGACCAACCCCAACGCCUGAGAGCCUGCAGAGCCCGGCAGCCCCUCUCUCUGGCCUGUGCUCCGCGCGUGGGGUGGGGGAGUCGGGCUGGAGUCGGGCUGGAGCCGGUGGCGGCGCGGACACGCUGCGGAGGCCCCGCGAAGGCGCGCGAGUCGGGCCAGUGCCUGCGACCCUUGUCGCUGCUGCCCUGUCCCCGCUGCUGGCUGGAGCAGGGGCCACCGAGGUUUGUAGCAGCCGGGACAUGACACUCCGGGAUGUGGGCCGCUUUGCUUUUGUGGAAGCCUCCUCUGAAUGGUUUUGUGAAAUCAAGAUGUUUUAAUCACAGAUUCACUGUACUUGAAAUCAUGUCUUAGACAACUUUAAAUUGUGGGGCCUUCACAUUGUUUUUCUCUUUUCUUAUUAAAAAAAAAAUGGCCUUUCUUUGAACUAGCUGGAA